CGGCAGCCUAUCAGCAUUGACACGUCGAGACAAAAGAAAAUAACACUAAUUGACUUUUUUCUUUCUCUUUCCCCACAACAGCAGCCCCGCUAUGGGAACAGAAGUGGUCAUUCGCUGCUUUUCUUUCCGAUUUGAUUGUCGGUUGCAUCCCUUAAAUUAAACUUCUUUUUACAGUGUGUGCCCGGCAACACAAAACUCCACUGUUAAUUUUAAGUGGGUUUGGUUGAUGAACCUGCAUGUAUGCAUGGCCCAUCAAGAUCGGAAUCAUUUCAACACCAUCACACAACAACAAAAUGAAUGCUCAUUUAGUCAAUGGCUUCCCACCUCAUUCAGCAGCAAAUAUGUUUUCGCCAUUCAAUACAAGCGUUGCUAGCAGUAGUAGCCAUUCUCAAAUAACUACAAAUGGUACUUCAGAUUCAACAAAGAAACGCAAAGGUGGUCCAUCAAUACCUACUAAACCCAAAAAGAACCUCACCACCUCUUCGCGGAAAGGGAAAACACUCUCAAACGACACUUCCACUCCAAACCCAUCAGCAAAACGAAAGAUGACACCAAUGUCAGCUUUUCGACAACCUGUUGAAGAAACUUCUUCAGUAACAUCUUCCACAAAUGGCUCAGCUGCAAAGAAGAAGUCCAACACAGAAAAGUUCAAAAGGAAUAGCAGAGCAUGCACAUACUGUCAACGUCUAAAAAUGAAAUGUUCCGGACCUACUGUUGAUGGACCUUGUGAACGAUGUAGAAGGACAGGUCGUGAAUGUAUGGUACAAGAACGUGCACCCAGAAGACCUUGGACGAAAAAGAAGGAUAUGCAAAUACAACAAUUGACAGAUCGAUUAGAAGAAAUGGAAGGUUUGCUAAGGAAUGCAUUUGAUAAAGAUGCAAAUCCUAUCGAUGCUGCUGCUGCAAUGGCAGCUGCUGCAGCUACUGUAUCCAAUGGAGAAGACGGUCAAUUGGCACCCGAAAGAUUCACUGCUGGCUUGCAAGCAUAUCCACCUGCUCAACCAUUACCUUCAUUUCUGCCACCUCAGCAUCGUGCACCUCCUUCAGAACAGCCCAAUGGGCAUCUCCAUCCUGCAGGAAACAACAAGACAGCAGGCCCUUCGCCUGGAGCAAUCACCAAUUGGCUCACUUUGACCAAUGCUCCUACCACACCUUCUGCGGCGCACGAAUUGGACUUGGCAUACGUGGAUGCACAUCGAGAACAACUACCAUUCGUUUCUACUGGCAAGAUUAGUGCAAGCGAGGCUGUUGAGUUGUUUCAUCUUUGUAUGAACUCUUGCGUUCUUCAUACGGUCAUUUUGGAUCCUGAAUGGCACACAAUACCAAGAGUUGGAGAUGCUUCUCCAUUUCUGUUCGCUGUAGUCGUCUUAAUUGGUUCAACGUAUCAUCAAGAACGUAGAUCAUUAAGGGCAGAAUUGCAAAUUGAAAUGAAUUUGUUGAUCGGUCAAGUGAUCACAACAGGACCAAAAUCUGUGGAAAUCGUUCAAGGAUUCUUAUUGCUUUAUCAAUGGAAUACACCUUCAGCAGAUCCUGCAGAUGAUCGUGCUUGGCUAUUGGCAGGUAUAGGAAUUCGCAUUGCAACUGAACUUCAAUUGCACAAAACUCAAAAUCGUUCACAAAUAAAGGAGAAAGGGGAGAAAGGUUCGAUCGAAACUGAUCGCGAGCGAAUCAAUCGAGAAAGGUGUUGGUUGAUGACAUUUUUGGUUGAUCGUAGUCUUUCUAUUGCUGUUGGACGAUCUUGGAGUAUAAGUGAAAAAGCAGAACUUGUACGAGAUUCAGAACAAUGGUCAAAACAGCCUGCUUCGCGUGCAUGGGAUCAAGGAAUUUCCGCUUUUGCCGAUCUUUUGAAAACAACUUCAAGACAAGCAGACGUUUUGCAUACAGCAAUGGCAUCUGAAGGAGAACAAUCAUCUUUUUUCGAUUGUGAUACGAUGAUGCGAAUCAUGAACGAUGAAUUGGAACAUUGGCGUUCAAGAUGGCUUUCUCGUGAUUUCUAUGCAAUGACGGCCGAAUUGGAUAAAGAUGCAGCUGAAAGAGCCGUCACUCGAAGAGCUGGUAGUUCAAGUGCCAGCAACGAGAACACUCACAAUAACCAAUCCAGUCCAUCUUCUUGUAUCAGCGUCAACACGGAUGCAUUGGAUGUUCAUUUGAGGACGUUGUACUACAUCACCAAGCAAGCAUCAUUACGGUACAAUUUUGCCGUUUUGGUUUUAAAUUCUUUCGGAUUACAGUAUUGUGCAAUGCGUUCUGAUUUGAAGCACGCAAGGAACUUUUGUUUAACACACGCACUUCGUGCAGCUCAAGGAUUAUUGAAAGCAGCUCGUGAUGGAAUGGGUAAUACGAUGGCAUUCGCACCUCAAACACAAUAUACAAUUCUUAGCUUUGGCGUGAUUUCUUUGAUCAAAUUGACUUCACUUGUGGAAGAGACAGUGGCAGAAAGAUUAUUGAAAGAAGUUCAAUCUUGUAUUUCAUUUUUGGAAUCCGUUGCAAUCGCUUCUGAUCAUAUUGCUGCUCGAUUGGCUUCUUUGUUGCGAGCGAUGUUACGAAGGCGCGAAGAGAGAAAGACCUUGAAAGCCAGUCGACAGAUACGUGGGUCAAACAGAGUUGAUGCCAAAUUUGAUCAUCAGCAGAAUUCAAGUGAAGGAUAUGCCGGACAGAGAAAGACUGUGGAAGAUGAAAGAGGCGAUAUCGAGGAGGACGACGGAGAAGAUGCUGGAGCGUCAUCAAAUUUUGCACCAGGCUUGGAUGUGCACAAAUUACCACAAAGAUCCUCACGGGCUGUGACGCCUGAAAGGGGUGGAUUUUAUGCUUCGCAAGCACAUCCGAAUAGCAUGAAUACUGGUCAUCUACUCGAACAAAGCUCUCAGCAUUUGACCAACCAAGCAAACGCGAACAAUGGAAUGAUGAAUGGCGGCAUGCAAAAUUGGCCAACAAAUGAAGCGGACUUGAUGAACCUGUUACCUUCUUUUGGCCCUGAUGUGGAAUCAACUUUACAGAGUUUAGGAUUCAUGGGAAACAAUGGUCUUGGAGGCUGGACGCAAAUGUCUGCAUCUGAAAUUCUUGACGAUUCUUUUUGGUUGCGGAUACCUGACAAGAACGGUAACGGUGAAGGGGAUCAUCAUGUUCAAGUGUAAGCUAUAUGUGUUUGAAUGUUAUUUAGGGUGAACGCCACCCAUUCUUGCUGCUCCAUUCAUAAAGUAAAAUCUUGGUUUGACGGUUGAUUUUCUUUGUUGUCGUGAAAGUGUGAUAGCAAUUGGCCUUCCGAAACCUGAAUUGGGAUCAGAAAUGACUUUAUGCAAACCACCAUUAGUACGACCAGGAGAAUCGUAAAUAAAAGUAUCCCGAAGGAAUUCGAUGACACUGUGCAAUUUUCCCAUAUUCAGUUUUAAAGUGAGUGAUGAUGGGGAAAAGAGAGAUGUGCUAUCAGUAUUCCGAGUUGCCAUCACUUGUCAUGAAUUUUACCAUGUCAAAACUUCUCGGUACAUCCGAUCCAAAGUGAGUUUUUUUAUUCGCUUAUAUAACCACCUUGGCUAUCAGCUUACAUAAGGCUAUUUCUUUCCUUACUAAGCUCUGAAUGCAUGCAUGCAAUCUUUGAUCGCUAUCC